AUGUCGUCGAGUGGUGUUGGUUCUUCUAGUGCCGCGUGUGGCACAAACAGUGGUAGACCAAAUGCCACGGUAGAGACUAUAGCAAGGGUUUUUCAAAGCAAUAUAGACAAGGAUGCAAAAGAGGGUGGUAAAGUUGGUCAUGUUAAUGAGGGGGAGUUGAAAGGAGAUUUAUCCGAGGCAAAAUUUGGAAAGGAUGGUACUAAAAUGGAUAGCGAUGCAUGUAAUCUUGAGAAAGAAAAACAUACUAAUGAUAAACGUACAUAUAGUGCUACGGCUGAUGGUAAUACUGACCAUGAUGGCCCCUGUACCGGAAAAGGUACAGGGAAAGAUAAAACGAACCAGAGAUUUGCUGUAGGACUACAAUGGAAAACGCGUACCGAUGUUAAUGAAGAGCACAAAAAAGUAUUAUUUCCUCCUAGAAGAUUAGAUAUGUGUACUUCGAACUUAGAAAAUUUGAAAACGGAAUAUGAAGGAUUUAAAGGUGAUAAAGCCAAGCAUUCAUUAUUGGGGGAUGUAAUGUUAGCAGCAAAAUAUGAAGCAGAAAAAAUAAUAGAACUCUAUAAACAAUAUAACCUAAAUGGCAAAAGUACUGUAUCUGACACCAAAGAUAAGAAGACAAUAUGUCGAUCUGUACGUAAUAGUUUUGCUGAUAUAGGGGAUAUAAUUAGAGGAAGAGAUAUAUGGACUAAAGAAAAUGGUAACGCAGAUUUGCAAAAACAUUUGAGAGAUAUAUUUGAUAAAAUUAAAAAAAACGCUACUCAAGGAAUCACGUAUUCCAAUGAAGAGGAUCCAUAUACCAAACUUAGAGAACACUGGUGGGAACUUAACAGAAAAGAUAUAUGGAAAGCAAUGGAUUGUGCACUAAAACAAAAUAAUAUAACAAACACAGAUUGUGAUUACAAUAAUGUUCAUAAGUGUCCACUUGAUGACUACAUCCCGCAACGUCUUCGUUGGUUAACCGAAUGGUCCGAGUGGUACUGCAAGGCACAAAAAGACGAGUAUGACAAGGUGAAACAGGUGUGUGACACAUGUAAAACUGGUACUAACAAUACAACAUGUAAUACCAGCAAAUGUAAACAAUGUCAAGAUAAAUGCAAAGCAUAUAGUGAUUUUAUUACAAAAUGGAAAGAAGAUUGGCAAAAACAAAAAAAACAGUACGAAGAAUUAUAUGGAAAAGCAAAAUCUAGUAGUAGUAGUACUCCUAGUAAUGAUGAAAAUCAGAAAUAUCUUAAUGAAUUCUUAAAGAAAUUACAGAAAGAAAAUAAGAGUAAUACCACUUAUUCUACUGCUGAAGGAUAUAUACAGCAAGAACUAAAAAAUACUGAAUGUCAACAACAAAAAGAAUUCUGUGAUACUACUAGUGACAAAUAUGUGUUCCGCCAUCACCCUAGUGGUUACGUACAGGCGUGCGCGUGCGAUAGUUCGACACCGUGUGAUGUGGUGAAAUCACUUAUGCAGACAAAAGACACCAACACUGGUGCAAUAGGUGGGUGUAAUCCAAAAAUUAAGGAUGCACAAGACACAUCAUAUCCUAAAUGGACUUGUGAAGAUAAACAUUUUGAAACUGGUCAUACAAAUGCAUGUAUGCCACCUAGGAGACAAAAACUAUGUGUACAUUAUUUAUCAGAUAAUAGUGAAACACAAAAUAUAAAUAAACCUGAUGAUUUGAAAAAUGCUUUUAUUAAAACAGGAGCAGCAGAGACAUUUGUUCAUUGGCAGUAUUAUAUAAAAUAUGGUGGUAACAGUGAAGCAGAGAACCAGUUAAAAAGUGGAAAAAUACCUUCCGACUUCUUACGUUCUAUGAUGUAUACUUUUGGAGAUUUAAGAGAUUUAUGUUUGGAUAAAGAUAUAUCAGUAAACGAUGCAGGGAAGAAUCCUCAUGUGACGAAGGCAAGAAAUAAAAUAAGUGAAGUUUUCUCAAAAAGUGGCCAGGGUUCACAAAAAACCACACCUGAAAAAUGGUGGACAACAAAUGGUCCACUUAUUUGGGAAGGGAUGUUAUGUGGUCUCUCACAUCAUAUUAAAGGUAAUGACGAGGAUAAAAAACGCAAAGAACUUACCAAUAAAGAUGAGUACAAAUACGGAAAUGUGAAGUUUGGUGAUACCACUACAUCUAGUGUUUCCACUGACGGCCUCGCGGCAUUCGCCUCUCGGCCUCAGUUCCUCCGCUGGAUGACCGAAUGGGGGGAACACUACUGUAAGACACAAUAUAAACACUAUAUGGAGGUGAAAACACAGUGUGAUAAAUGUAAUGCUACUCCUGGUACUAAUGGUGCUAAUCCAACGUGUAAUAAAAAUGGUAAUGAAUGUUCAGUAUGUCAAGAGAAGUGCAAAGAAUAUGAAGAGGAAAUAAAAAAAUGGAAAAAAAAUUGGGACAAAAUGGAAAAAAAAUACGAAACUUUAUACAGCCAAGCAAAACAAAAUGGUCCUAGUGGUGGUAAAGACGAAGCAGAGAAAAAAAUUCUAGAAUACUUGAAAGAUUUACAGACCCCCCCACCAAAUAGUGGUAAAUAUGAUAAUGCUGGAAAAUAUUUGAAAGAAGAAGGAUUGAUAAGUGAAUGUCAAGAACAAACAGAUUUCGCUACAACUAGUGGUAACAAUACCUAUGCGUUUAAAACAUACCCCCAUACGUAUACAUCCCAUUGUACGUGUGUACAAAAACCGCCUGAAAAACCCAAAUGUACUCAGAACAAAAUUCUUGAUGCGGCAAAUAUGAGACAACACGAUAUAGCGUCACAGUUGCAUAAAAGUGGUGAUAGUGAUAAAUUGAGGGGUGAUUUAUCAAAAGCAGAAUUUAAAAAUAAAAAUAGUGCACCUAAAUUGGAAACGCACGGAUAUUGUGAUUUUAAUAUACAAAAACAUGGAAAUGACGUUCGAGACUAUAGUCCUACUCCUGGUACAGGUGUUCAUCAUGGUCCUUGUACAGGUAAAGGGAAAGGAACAGACACAGAUAACCAAAGAUUCAUUAUAGGUCAAGAAUGGAAACCAGAUAACGGAAAAGUAAGGGAUGGACAUGAAGGUGUUUUACUACCCCCAAGAAGACGUCAUAUGUGUACAUCAAAUUUAGAAAAUCUAGGCAAACAAGGUGUUCAACCACUUCAAAAUGUUACUGAUCCCACCAAGUAUAACCACUCGUUUUUGGGCGAUGUGUUAUUGGCCGCAAAAUUUGAAGGCGACGAUAUAGUGGAAAAACAUCUAAGUAAAGGUGACAAAUCCGGUAUAUGUAAUGCUAUGAAGUACAGUUUUGCAGAUUUGGGGGAUAUAAUUAGGGGGAGAGAUAUUUGGAGUGGGAACGACGACAUGAAGAGGUUACAGGAGUAUUUGGAAAAAAUAUUUGAGAAAAUAGAAAAACAAGUAGGUGGUACCAAAUAUAGUGGUGGUAAAGAUGAAAACCCUAAAUAUUCGAAAUUACGUGAGGCCUGGUGGAACGCUAAUAGAGACCAAGUAUGGAAAGCACUAACAUGUAGCGCUCCAGAUACCGCAGAUCUAUAUAUACCAACAAGUGGCAGUACCAAAACGUGGGAACGGUAUAAGUGCGGCCGCGACUCGUACGUUCCUCCAGAUGAUUAUAUCCCACAACGACUAAGAUGGAUGACCGAAUGGUCCGAAAGUUACUGCAAACAAUUGGAGAGAAAUUUUUGGUGGCUAAAAUUUAAUUGUGGUGUGUGUAACAAAGCUAAAAAGGACAGUGAAGCAAAAAAUGUAGCAUGCUCUAUGUGUUCAAGUAUGUGCAAAGUAUACAAAACACAUGUUACUGAUUGGAAAAAACAGUGGAGCGAUCAAGAAAAAGAAUACAAUAAUUUAUAUAGUGGUAGUAGUAGUAGUGGUGGUAAGGAUGAAAUUCAGAAACAAAAUGAUGAAUUUUUUAAUAAGGUAAAAAACCACCAAAAUGGUGUCACCUGUGAUGGUAACACUACCGACCCAACCACGUAUAAUACCCUGUCUGACUAUGUGACAUCUAUGGGCGGGGGAACGUACUGCAACGACACGACACAGACACAAUUUGGAACCACUAAGACAAGUGGUGGUACGAAUGACGAAUAUGUAUUUAAGGAAUAUCCACAUAAAUAUGAAGGAGAUUGUGAAAAGCAGCAUACUAAACCAUCACCUAAACCGAAGGAUUCAUCACUGACACCACCUUGCACCAUAGUUGAUACAAUACUUAAUAAUAUUAAUGCAAAUGGUAAUGUAGGUGAUUGUAAAAACAAAUAUGAUAAACAAAAACAAGAUGGAGGUUAUCCUAAGUGGGAUUGCGAUAAAGAUACGUUCAAAAGUGGUGAAAGUGGCGCAUGUAUGCCCCCAAGACGUCAAAAACUAUGUAUAGCAUACUUAAAAGAAAAUAUUAGUGACGAUACCACUUUGCGUACCGCGUUUAUUAAAACCGCCGCGGCAGAAACGUUCCUGGCAUGGCAGUACUAUAUAACACAUGGGAAAGGACACAAAAAUAAAGAUAUGUUUAAAUCACUAUUAGAUAGUGGUACCAUCCCCUCCGAUUUUAAACGUCACAUGAUUUUCACGUUUGGCGAUCUUAAAGAUUUGUGUUUAAACAAAGAUAUAGGGAAUAAAAGUAGUGGUGACGUGGAAUUAGCUAGACAAAAUAUAGAUAAUGUUUUUAAACCAAAAAAUGGCCAACCUAAUGGCAAAGUUGAUGAAACAGAACGUGAAAAAUGGUGGGAUAAUAAUGGUUUAGAUAUAUGGAAAGGGAUGUUAUGUGGUCUAUCUCAUCAUAUUAAAGGUGGUGACACGGAACGGCAAAAACUCACGAAUAAUGAAAAAUACCAAUAUGACUCUGAUAUAUUAAAAUCCGAAAUAACUAAUUAUAUCCUUUAUAAUGAAAUAACUCCUCAGUUUUUACGUUGGUUUACAGAAUGGAGUGACGAGUUUUGUGAAAAAUAUAAAGAGGAAUCAGCUUUAUUGCAUGAAAAAUGUAGAACAUGUAAGGUUAAUGGUAGUGCUACUGGUAAAGCAACAUGUGAUAAAAGUGGUAAACCAUGCAGUGAGUGUCAAGAACAAUGUCCAAAAUAUACAAAAUUUAUUGAUGAAUGGAAAAAGCAUUGGGAUCAACAACAAAAAAAAUUUCAAAGCGAUAAAACCACCCAAAAAAUCGAAGAAGAUGUUGUGGAUAGUAACACCCCAGCACAUACAUAUUUAGAUCAAGUAUUGGAACUUUUUGAUCAACAUGGGAACUGUAUGAAAACGGCCUCGUCACAACCACAAAGUCGUGGUGCCGCCACUGAGGACAUGCCGCAAGCGUUAGAUCCAUACCCGCCAGAUGGGGACUAUGUGAAUAAGUGUACAUGUGUGGAGGACACAACAAAUAGUGGUCAACAACCACAAACUCCUGGUACCGGUAAAGAUAGUGGCCACAAUACUCCUAAUCCCCCCAAACCGAUGCCAAAUCCCAACCCUAGUGGGACACAGGAGCAACCGUGUGAUAUAGCGAAUAAUAUACUUAAGACUAAAGAUCCACAAACUCAUAAAAUAGCUGCGUGCGAAAAAAAAAAUUUUGAAAAUAAAAGUUGGAAUUGUGACUCUCAGAUUGAUCCUAAUCAUAAUGGAGCAUGUAUGCCUCCUAGAAGACAAAAAUUAUGUAUACAUAAUUUAACAAAACUUGAUCCUACGAAAACCUCAAAAGAAAAAGAUUUAAGAAAAGCACUCAUCGAAUGCGCUUCAAUAGAAACAUAUUGGUUAUGGGAUAAAUACAAACAGGAUCACACUGGUGUUGAAGACAACUUAAAAAAUAAAGGAACUAUCCCUGAAGAAUUUAAAAGACAAAUGUUCUAUACGUUAGGAGAUUAUAGAGAUUUAUGUUUAGGAAAAGAUAUAGGUAAUGAUGGGGGUAAAACAGCAAGAGACAAUAUAAGUGCAGUUUUUAAAAGUGGGACCCCAAAACCUGAAGAAUGGUGGAAAACUAUUGAAAAAGAGGUUUGGGAAGGGAUGUUGUGUGCCUUAAGUUAUGAUGAUGGAAAAAAAGGUAUGGAUACAACUACUCAAACAAAUCUCAAAAACAACAACGAGUACAACACCGUGACGUUUGGUGAUCCCACUAAAUCUAGUGUUUCCACUGACGGCCUCGCGGCAUUCGCCUCUCGGCCUCAGUUUUUACGCUGGCUGACCGAAUGGUACGACGAUUAUUGUAAAGAAAAACACACAAAAUUACAGGACGUGGAGAAAGCGUGUAAGCCACAAAAUAGUGGUAUAAAAUGUGAUAGCGACUGUACUAAAAAAUGUGAUGAUUACACAAAUUUUAUGAAAGAGAGAAAAGGACAUUGGGAUAAACAAAAAACAUACUAUACAUCACAAAAAGCAACCACUAGUGGAUAUGAUGAAGACAAUGCCAAAGAAUAUUUGAAAGAAAAAUUUACAGUUACAUGUGGUAGUACUACAUCAAGUGGUACCAACCAAGUGGAAACUAACAUCAACGCGUUGACACAACCACCACCAGCACAGUCACCACCACAACCACAUUAUGACGUUGAUGUGUAUUGUGGGUGCAAGAAAUAUAUUAAAGACACGGAUUAUGAUGACAUUUCGGGUGAAAGUAACUGUAAAGGGUUGAUGAAAGAUAUCAAUGGAACACCUGGGAUUAAAUGGCAAAACAAUAAAGAUGAUGAAUAUAAGCAUUUGGUGAAAGAUGACUAUAAAGAUGAUCCUGUACCGCAAGAAGUAUAUAUACCUCCAAGGAGACAAAGAAUAUGUUUUGAAGGACUUGACAAAUCUAAUAAAGAAGGAUUGCCCAAAAAAUUAAUGGAAGUAGCAGCAACAGAAGGUUAUAAUUUAGGAAAAUAUUAUAAAGCAAAAAAUGACAAUAGUACAGAUGAAAAAUAUAAAUAUGAUGUUCAAGCUUGUAAUGCGUUAAAAUAUAGUUUUCUUGAUUUAAGAGAUAUAAUAGUAGGAUAUGAUAUGUUAGAACCUGAAAAAACUAAUACAGAAAGUAAUUUGAAAAAAAUAUUUACCAGUGGAAGCCAAACAAAUAGUGGUGCUCCUGGUAGUCCGGAACGAAAACAGUGGUGGAAAGAUCACGAGAAAUGUGUUUGGAAAGCUAUGCUUUGUGGUUACAAAAAAGGACGUGGUGAAGACAAAAUACCUGAUGGAUGUGACGACCCCCCUAGUGGUGAACCUAUAGGUGUUGACCGUGAUAGUGGCAAAAACCUCCAGUUUUUGAGAUGGUUUGCCGAAUGGGGCGAAGACUACUGUAAAAAAUACCACGUGGAGUUGGGGAAGUUGAGUACCGCUUGUCCAACAAACACGUGCGAUAAAAAUGGUAAUGAACAAAAGUGUAAAGAACAAUGUAAAAAAUAUACAGAAUUUAUUACACAAUGGAAAGACCAAUAUGAUAAACAAAAAAGCAAAUUUAAUGAAGAUAAAGGAAAGAAGUUAUAUGAAAAGGAUAAAGAAGCAACAGAUGCAAAAGAUGCAAGAGAAUUUUUAAAAACAAAAUUAGAAAAAAUUUGUAAAGUUGCAACUAAUGGAUGUGAUUGUAUGAAAGACGCCUUGUCUACAUCUAAUGAUACACCUAAAUCCUUAGAUGAUGUUACAAAAAGUGAUUAUAAAGAUAAGUGUGGGUGUGACAAUAAAGUGGUACCACCUGUGCCACAGCCGCGACCAAUUGAUCCAGGUGGUGGUCAAACAACUGGUCAAACCAACACAACAAAUGGACAAAACCCCAAACAAGACCCUGAUUCAUCUGGUGGUCAAAAACCUGUUCCCGAUCCUGGUAAUCCUGGUCAACCUGGUGGUCCUAGUGUUCAUCCUCCUGCGGGUCCUAGUGUUCCAUCUAGUGGUAGUCAAGAUCCAUUUAAAGAAUUGGAAACAUGUCCUUUUCAAAAUGGUAGUGGUACAGGUAAUCAAACAUAUUGUAGUAAAUAUGCAAAAGAUAGAAAAUAUAGAAAAUAUAGAUGUAGAGGAAAAACAUUUAAUAAAGAUUUGAAUGAUUGGACAAGCAAUCUUCUAAAACAUCUUAAUGAUAAAAAUAAAGGUAUCCUAGUUCCUCCAAGGAUGAGACGUCUAUGUUUGAAAAGUAUUAGAACACUUUUUGAUAGUAUUAAUGAUCAAAAUACAUUUAAAAAAUAUCUUCUUCGUGAUGCAUACAAUGAAGCAAGAAUUUUGAGUCAGUACUAUAACUCUAAUAAUGAUGAAAUAUUACAAGCUAUGAAAUAUAGUUUCGCAGAUUUUGGAAAUAUUGUGAAAGGCGAUGAUAUAUUUGACGAUUUAGAACUUGUACAAAAACAAUUAAGUUCGAUAUUUAAACAAAAUGGUAAUACAAAUGAAACUGAAAAUCGUAAGGAAUGGUGGGAAGAAAAUAAAAAACAUGUUUGGAAUGUUAUGAUGUGUCAUUACAAAGGAAAUGUUACAGGAACAACUAAUAACAGUUGUCCAGAAUAUGAUAAUAUCGACGAAACUCCUCAAUUUUUGAGAUGGUUUACUGAAUGGGCUCAACAUUUUUGUGAAAGGAAAAAAGAAUUAGAAAAAGAAGUAAAAACAAAAUGUAGUAGUGUUAAUUGUAUUAAUGGUACUGGAAAUGUUGGCGAUACAUGUAAAAAAGCUUGUCAAAAUUAUAGUAAUUUUAUUUCAGGAACAAAACAAGCCUAUAUUGGACAAAAAACAAAAUAUGAGGAAUUUAAAAAUUCACAAGGUGAUAAAGAAGCUCAUGAAUAUUUGAAAGGGAAAUGUAAAGAGGUUAAAUGUGAAUGUCUCUCAAAACAUACAGAUAAUGGAAAUAAUAAUUGGAAAGAUGCAUAUGAAACAUUUGAUGAUACCCAAUACAAAAAUAUAUGUGAGUGCAAAAAACCUCCAUCGACAAAUCCUUCUGGUAAAGGUGGUGGAAGUUUUAGUGAUUUGUUGGAUCAAUUAAAAAAUACUUUUUUUAUUUAUGCUAAAGUUGCAACAGAAAAAGGUAUUGAAACUGCUAAAACUAUGAUUCCUGAAGUUGCAGAAGCUGGAUUAAAAUUUGGAACAAAUGUUGUAAUGCCAAUUGCAAAAGAUGUUGCAACAUCUGUAACAAUAGAUGUUUUGGAUAAACUUACAAAAAUCAUUAAGCCAUCUGAUGGUGGAAAAAACUCAGCCCCUAGUGGACCACCUCAACCUGCACCACCCGUAACACCUGGAGGAGCCCCAUCACAACCUAGUGUUACACCCGAAACCGUGUCGUUAUCCACCCUUCCUCCUGUGGGGAUAAGUUUUGUUUUAGGAGCGAUUGCUUUGUUGUUUUAUUUGAAGUAA